GAUUGAGGAGUUGUAUCAUCUGAGCCAUUGCUGCAUCAUAAUGGAGGAUGAAGCAGGAUUGGCCGAGCGGAAAGAGAGGAUCUUGUCUUUGAUUUGCCUAUCGAUUCGACGGGUUAGAGACUGAGAGGAGGUGAAGGUCUGUCUGUGAAGUCUUGUGUUCCGUUCAGUCCAUGACCAGUACAAGCAUGCUUGCCAACAGAUAAGAGAUAGCUUACCAAUUGGUGAUCGAGGAUUGAGACCAUGAAGUUGUUCCAAAACUCUGCUCCAUAUUCGUUCUGGUUGUAAGCCACAUCUCCUUAUCAGUAAACUCCCGAUUCCCCAGGUGUACGAACAAUAAAAAAAAAGGUGGUUGCGACUUUCAGGUUCCAAGUUGCAAAGCAAGCACAACGGUGAUGUCGCUAGGCCCCAACUAAUUAUUCUGUCUCGGGUGGGACAUCUAUUCAACACAAACAACCACGAUAGGAAGCUAUGCCUAGGGAUCCCACUCUUGUUCCAUACUGUCUGAUGCCACUGAACAUGAGAUUGAUCAUUGUGAGCACCGCAUGAAUCUGUACUUGAGCCUCAGAUCGCGCUGGAGGAAGUUGCCAAGCACCAUUAAUUUGAAGGGAAGCGAGAGUUGCCAGCUCCGGAAUCCCAAGUGAUGAUGAUGCGCCAAGUUGAAGAAACUGUCUUAUGCUGCCUAGCAAGGACCAAUUAUCCGUCCAAAACCGACAAUUUGUUUAUUUGCCAAGAGAACCUCCUGUUGGGUGGUGUAGUCCACAAGUUGUUGAGGCUACCUUGCAGUUUGUUCAUCAAAUAUUUUAUCAGAAAGAAAAGCCAUGUUUCAUUCUUUUAUGCUGCCGAGGAAUUGAGGUUCGAAAUCGUGUCGGAUGAUGACGUUGCGAAGAGAACAGUUACCAUGAGCAUACUUGGGACCCUAAUUUCAGAAGGCUACAAAACGGUCAAAGCAAGAAUCACCGUCAUUCCUAGGGAGGAAGACAUUACAAAAAGCUGCUUGGAGUACACCUUCGAGUUCGACAAGAUUAAAAAUCACAUCAGAAAAACUGAGAUCGUCGAAUCUCUACUCACGUACAUCGAUAUAAGCGAUACCAAUAAUAACAGAAGUGAUGAUAAUUUUAAGUACAACUCCUUUGACGCUGGGUAUCCGGCGGAAGAAUACUUCAAACGUAAAGUCAAAGCAUUUAAAGAAGAUGAUGAUGACGUGACGGUGGGUGGUGUGAAUAGGAAAAAUAAGAGAUUUACGGUGAGUUUCAUCAGCGCUCCUUUCUUGUCGGAUUCUUACGAAGACGGAAGUAUUUUCCAGAGUAUGGAAGUAACCAUCACUAUUACUCCUAAGAAAGAUGAUAACAGCCGUAGCCGCGUGAAAUGGACCAUCAAGGUCGAGAAGUUUGAUUAUAGCAAGGAACAAGCAGACUUCUUUCUCAUAGCAGCCGAUCAUAUCCGUGAGACUAUUAUGGCUGCAUAGAGUUAAGCUUCGUAAAUAAAUGUUAUAAAUCGAAAGGUUCAUCUACAUAUAGGACCGUCUAAAUAAAGUGGCACCUAUAUCUAUUUAUAUGUGUAUGUUGCAUGAAUUUCUUAUAACAGUUGGUAUCUGGGGAUGCAUGGACGUUGUAUGCUCGAUGAAUAAUAUAUUGAUAUUUGCAUA